UGUCCCUCGGACACAGCUGAUCACCGAUCACGGAAAGAGCCAAAGAUGUCGGCUCGGUCAUGUGAUCAGCUGUGUCCAAUCACAGCUGAUCACAUGGCACUGAUGAUCAGUGUACCCUGAUGAUCAGUGUAGCCCCAGCAGUGCCGCCUGUCAGUGUCCAUCAGUGCCUUGUGUCAGUGCUCAUCAGUGCCUCAUGCCAGUGCCCAUCAGUGCCACAUCAAUGCCACAUAUCAGUGCCUACCAGUGCACAUCAAUGACACAUAUCAGUGCCCAUCUGAGCUGCCUUUCCGUGUACCCCAUCAAUGCCAGUCAGUGCCACCUAUCAAUGCCAGUCAGAGCCACCUAUCAGUGCUGCCAAUCAGUGCCACCUAUCAGUGCUGCCAAUCAGUGCCACCUAUCAGUACCAGUCAGUGCCGCCUAUCAGUGUGCAUCAGUG